GAAGAUGCUCAAGCUGUGGCUGAGGUGCUGCCACCACUGAGGCAUCGUCAGUGUGCUGAACGGAGCGAGCAGAGCAGUCCUGACCUGGCAGUACACGAAUGGCCCAGGGAAGCCACCAAAUUGACAUUCAGGUUUUGCACGACCUGCGGCAGAAGUUCCCUGAAGUUCCAGAGGGUGUUGUGUCCCAGUGUGUUCUGCAGGUGAGUCUGGGGUAUCCUUCUUUCCAAUCCAUAGGUUUUACAAAACAAUAUAUUGUUCUGAUAUAUCACAAAUGACUGAUUUGAAGCUUGUCUUUUCCUCAGAACAACAACAAUUUGGACGCCUGUUGUGAGUACUUGUCUCAGGUGAGCCCGGGCUACUUGUACAGCGAAGGAGGCAACCUCAACAACACCGACGACCCCAGCUUCAUCAGGCUCCGCAAUCACAUGACCCAGCUGAACCUGGGCCUGCAGUCUCAGUUUCAGAAUGUGCAUGCGGCCCCGGGACAGGACAGCCUGAGGAUGAACGGCAGCAGGACUCUGUCCCACAGCCUGAGCGACGGGCCCCUCCAGACAGGACAGCCCCCCAACAGUGACUUCUUCCAGCAGGAGCCCCAGUCAGCCCCCGUGCAGGUACCCUCCAGCCUCAAUGUGUUUGGCGUGAUGGAGCCCACGCGCAAGCCCCAGCCGCCCCAGCACCUGGGACUCUACCAGCUGGGGGGCAAAGGACAGUCCAUGGGCCAGCAUGGCCAGCAGACGCCCCGCUUCAACCCCAUCACCGUCACCCUGGCCCCCAACAUCCAGACGGGUCGCAACACCCCCACCUCUUUGCACAUACACGGCGGGCCCCAUACACAGUCCGGCCUGAGCAGUCCACAGGGUAACUCUAUCUACAUCAGGCCUUACGUGACCCAGCCCGGCGGUACGACCCGGCAGAGCCAGCAGCAGCAGGCGGGUAGGGCCCAGUACAGCCCCACCUCCCAGGCCCAGCAGCAGAUCUACCAGAUCUCCCAUCCCUCCUCACUGCCUGGCUCCUGGACAGGCCCUUCCUCCCAGCAGCACCAACACGGCUCCUCACAUACCUCACAGCACCAGUCACAGGGCCACCAGACCUCCCAUGUCUACAUGCCCAUCAGCUCCCCCACCAACCCACAGGCCCCCUCCUCCAUCUUCCAGGCCCCCUCUGGAGGUCAGACCUCCUCCUCUGGUGCCUCGUCCUCGGUUAUGCCCUCCGGCAUGUCCUCCUUCAGCCAGUACAACAUCCAGAACAUCUCCACCGGACCGCGCAAGAACCAGAUAGAGAUCAAACUUGAAUCUCCUCAGAGGAGCAACUCCACCACGACCACGGCCAUGCUGCGCACCAGCAGCAGCCCCCGCUCCAACUCCUCCACCUCCUCCUCCUGCCCGUCAUCCUCCUCCUCUGUCGGGGCAGCCCCUGGCCCCACCACUACCCCCCUGUCCAUCGGAGGCCCGGGCCUGAGCCGCAGCCAGCCCACUGUUUACAUCUCUGCCAGCCCGCCCACCUCUGCUACUACAACCCCCUCUGACGAGGCCGUCAUGGCCCCAUCCGGCUCUCGCUCCCAACCCAAGUUUUACAUUACUGCUAAUAACGAUGAUGGUGGAGGCAGAAACCCUCCAACCGUCUACAUCUCUGCUCAGCCUCCUCCGCACGGGUCCCAGGGGGCCCGGAAUAUGGGGGGCCAGGUGAGCAUGGGCCCCGCCUACAUCCACCACCACCCACCCAAGUCCCGUGCGUCUAUGGGAGGGGGAGGCACGGCCACCUCGCCCCGAGUGGUGGUCACCCAGCCCAACACCAAGUACACUUUCAAAAUCACAGUGUCCCCCAACAAGCCCCCAGCAGUGUCCCCUGGCGUUGUUUCCCCUACCUUUGAGGCCACUAAUCUUCUUAGCCUCCCCUCGGACCACCAUUUUGUGGAGCCGGAGCCCCAUCAUCUCUCAGACCCGCUGUCUGCACACAGGGAGAGGCCCAGCGAGCCAUGCAGUCUCAGCAUGGGUUCAGACGACGCAGCAUACACACAAGGUGAGACCGGAUCAGGGUUAUCUGUUAGCUGCUUUGCUUUGUCGACGGUCACAGUCUAUCAUUAGGAAGUAUAGACACUCACCCACAAACACACAUCCGGAUACAGUUCGUUGUGCAAUUGUUAGGUUGAACUAUGGUAUCCCUCAAUCACAUGACAAAUAAGUUGUGCAACAAAAGUCAAGUGCCCAAAGAGACAUAACAUCCACUUACACAGUACAAUGGUUGAAAGAGCCUGCAGGAACUUUUCAGAGUAACUAUCCCUCACAACAAUAAGGAAUAGUAUGCAUUUUUGUCCACCAGUAGUAAAUGCUUUUUCCACUGCGUUCUGCCAAGAAAGUAAUUUGACUCUAGCGUAUCGUUUAUGCCUGGUUUUAACUCGGAUUUCCAUAAUAUUGACACUAAUGCAUUUUUUAAGCCAAAUUGUGUAGACGUUUGUCUCAUUAAAAUCCUCUUGGUCUUAAAACCCUGCUUCAUCUAAGCCUGAUUUGAGGGAGUAGAUGAAUUGUUAAAGGUGACUCGCAUAGGGAGGGGUGUGAUUGGAGCAUGAGUCAGCUGCAAUAAUGCUGGGUUUGCGCAGACUGCCCUUUGACUGCGGGCAAUGUGAGUCAAAUGUGUUGGAGCGCAGCGUUUCCUUUUUUGGACUUUUGACUGGAUUACGUGUGAGUCAGUGCCUGUGGCCUUUGAUAGACGCUCACUCGCUGCUGCGACUACCGUGGGGCUUCUCCUCUCUCUCCCCGGACCUGAGCCUGAGACUUCUGUCCCCUAUCUUUCACUGCAGCCCUCUCCAUGCAUUCCUCUCUUGCUCGAAUGCCACUCCCAGCUCUGCUUGGCCUUGGGGGGUGCUGCUGCCUGGAAAAACACAAAGCCUACUUCUGAGUGUUGGGGGGUAUUGUGUUUGUAGUUUACUUUGGCCUUUCUGUGUAGGGAAUGAAUAAAUUUCCGCAUAGCAUAUAGUAUGUUAUCAAUGCGUUAUAAGACAAUGUAACGCUUCCUAUGAAGCGUUUUAAGCAAGGUUUUUCCCAGGAUCAUUGUUCACUCCCCCAAAAUCCCUUUCUAAAGUAGGCCAUGAAAUGAAGAAUGAUUAUGCUACUGUAUGAUUCUUACUCAGCCCACCGCACGUAGCGUUAUUUCCUAAAGGGAAAUGUAUCUUGCUCUUGUGGUUCUUCAAACACACCAUCAGCCUGUACUGUAAGCGUCUACUUCAGCUGUCAGAGAGAAGCCAUCAGUCUGUCCCCAUGUCACAUUGUCACAGUGUUAAUGUGUACUAUGUAUCUUGCAGCCCUGUUGGUUCACCAGAAGGCCCGUAUGGACCGGCUGUGGCAUGAGCUGGACUUGAAGAAGAAGAAGCUGGAGAAGCUAAAAGAGGAGGUCAACGAGAUGGAGAACGACCUGACCAGGAGACGGCUAGAACGAUCCAACUCCCAGUCCCAAAUUCCCUCGGUAAGUCCCCACAGACACUACUCUCCCACAGACGGAUACUACAACGACUAGAACAUCAAUGUUCCGUUCCUUGUGCAGUAACUGUAUUCACGCAUUUCAUUUUUGUUUACUACAUAUUAUCUUCAUAAAUGGGUUUGUCAUGUUUUACACAUUGGUCAGUCUUAGUAAAGGUCCAUGGCAAUUUGACUUGACAAUUCGCUCCUGAGUCCCAUGGUGUAUUUUCUAAGGAAACCAUGAUUCUUUGGGGCAAUUCAUAAAACACACACACUUCCUCCUCGUUUUUUCACCCAAUGUCAGGUUUAUGUUAAGCAUGCAGCUGUGAGUUUGUUGAACUACAUCAGACCGCAAAUCAAGUGGUGCUCUGAGUUUUCUGUUGAAUCAGCUGUUUUUGUCAACUAUCACUGUGUGUUAGUCAGGGCAGGAAAAAGAGGACGUGGAAGUUAAAAGCCUGGAGUUGAACUCAGUAGCUCUUGUGUCGUGUAUUCUGUGUAUUCACUAGGCCAGGGAGAUCUGGAGAUAACUCUCCCCCUGACACUGUUAACCCACUUGGCUCCAUGCACCUCCAUUGACUUAUUACAGGCUUGUGUUUUGUGUCAGUACAGUACAGCAUGUGCCGAGGCUCUCAGUCUCUCUACUCCUCCACUGUGUCUCUUCAGCAGACCAUGCUGCUGCCUGCCUGUCUGUCUGUCUGUCUGUCUGUCUGUCUGUCUGUCUGUCUGUCUGUCUGUCUGUCUGUCUGUCUGUCUGUCUGUCUGUCUGUCUGUCUGUCUGUCUGUCUGUCUGUCUGUCUGUCUGUCUGUCUGUCUGCCUGUCUGUCUGUCUGUCUGUCUGUCACUGGCUGUUUUUAUGACCCUGUUUCCUUCUCUCUUAUCAGAUUGAGGAAAUGCAGCAGUUGCGAUGCAAAAACAGGAUACUGCAGAUCGACAUUGACCUUUUAACCAAAGAAAUCGAUCUCCUUCAAACAAGAGGUAGGAGGCUCGGUUGGUUUUGAGGGUGUGCUUUGUCAACGUGCUUGUCAGUGUUGUGAUGAAUGUGACACCAGCUGCCUGUGUGGUGUGUAUACGUGUGCUGUACGUCCAGUGUGUUCGUGGUGUUUUAACAUGCACUCUUUGUGAUGCUUUUAGAUCGCCUACUUCGGAUAGCCCGGUCCUCAUGUUUCAUGUUUAGUCGAUUUUCUAUAUGUUAUGAUGGGUAGCUCUGUAGAGAGAGAGAGAGUCAGAGAGGGGAAACUAAUGUGGAAUAUAACAGAGUGGGGAACAUGACCUGUGUCCAGGACAGCUGUACAGUAGUAGGUCUGUCUGCCUCUGCCAGGCCUGGUCUGGUCACAUCCCCUCGGCACACGCAGUCAAGGUGCUGCCAUUGUAAUGUUAACUACCAGUUGUUUCCUGAAUUGCAUCCUGUUGCUGGUUGGUAACAAGGGAUUUAUAGCCCCCCUGGCUGCUCUCCACGGCUGACAGGAUUCAUACACCAGCUAGCACAGUCACACAGGGGAAUGGAGAAAGAAAGGUGGCUCAGAAUUGAAUAUGGCUUCUAUUCAAUAGACGGAUUUGUGAAGAGUAAAGAGUUAUGGCUUUGUUUUCUGAGUUCUUUAUUUGUCUUUGUGUGUUAGACUGCAGUCCCUUGCUUUAUUGGUCUGUGACUCAUACUCAGUUGUUGCUGUAUGUGUGACUGUUGCGUGUAUGUUCGUAUGCUAUGCAUACUUAUGCUCACUAUUUCAGUUUUGCUUAUGAUGUCUCUGUCCUGUUUGUCGUAGGACCACACUUUAAUCCCAGUGCCAUUCAUAACUUCUAUGACAACAUUGGAUUCCUAGGUCCUGUCCCACCCAAACCCAAAGGUACUUUAUGUGUUGGUAAGUUUAGGAAAGGUUGCAUGGUCACCUCUGGACAACCUGACCCUCUUCUGCUUCCACUUCCCCUCUCUAAUUUCUUGGUGUUAAACUUAGUCAACUAUGAAUAUCUAUUGGUAAUGGGGCUUUAGAUCUGUAUUUCUAUCAGGUGUUUAUUUCUGUCUAUCUGGGUAAAGUCUGCAUUGAUUAAAUGGUUCUCCUCACAUAUGCUACCUUCAUCCUAAGUGUUUUCAUUCUGUAUCUGUAAAACCUGCCAUUAUUGGUGUUUUCACCUCUGCAUAUAUCAUCUUUGUUUUCAUGCCAUUCCUCUCCUCCAUCUCUUGCUUCAUUCCUUCCCUCCAUCCUGUGCUUGGGACCUGUCAGAGCCAGAGGGUCAGGGGACAGACAGAAGAACAUUUCAUGUCACCUCCACGCUAACCAUGGAGCCCUCCUCUGCCCCUCCUCCCCCUGCUGCUCUCCCCCUGGGUUGGUACCUGUAGCUCUGUCUGUUUGUCCGUCUGUCCCUCUGUCUCUCCCCUUCCCUCCUUCAUACUGGGUCAGUUCUGUCCUCCCACCCUGCACACCAUAACGAUCUUACAACAGAGGACCUUUAGAUAACAUUUUGCCAUUUCAUACUUAGAAAGCACCAUUGACCCCUAGAAAAUAACUUGAGUCAUCCCUUCAGCACAUUUGUUGAUGAGAGGUUUGCCUGUUGUUGUUAUUUGAACAUGUGACAGGAUUCUCUACGCACUCUGAUACUUUCUUAGCACUAAAAGGGCAAUCUGCAGUUGCUACAUCCAUUUUUUGACUUAUAAACUAAUGAUAUGUACCCAUUGAUUAUUGAAGAAUAUAACUUAUAAAUGCCUCAGGAGCUUAGUUCAACUGUCGUACCCCAUCAGAACCCAAAAAUAAGCUUGUUUUACUCCAAUGUAAACAAAGUACAUGUAAACAAACACUAUAGCCUCAAAACAUGGUUAAAACAAUCAUUUUGAUGUCAUCAAUGGUCAGUCCUUGCAUCCAUAGCUCUGUCUAUGAAUUUGAGAGUGGUUGUAUUUCUCCAGGCCCAUCCCUCAGCUUUUUACUGAACAAUCAUUUUCUUGUGCAAUACACAUCCUGGAGGGUGAAAGAACCACAGUGAUUCAGCAACUACCAACAACUGCCAACUCAAUCCAUCAGUGGUGCAGUGAAAAAAUGCCAGUUUUAUUGCAGAAAACAAACCAGCACAUUGACUGACACAUUGAUUCGCCGCUGACAGUCUGACCCCACAUUGAUUGAUGUUCAUUGCCUGCAGCUGCCUGUGUGUCUGUUUAUCUCUGUAGUCUGUUGGGUGACUAACUCCUCUCUCUCUCCCUCUUUCCUUCCCUCCCUCCAUCCAGAGUCGAGCAGUAAGAGCGUAAAGACUGUAGCAGACCAGGAGGAAGACGAGGGGACGCAGUGGAGCUGCACGGCCUGCACCUUCCUCAACCACCCCGCCCUCAACCGCUGUGAACAGUGCGAGUUUCCACGGCACUUCUGAGCCACAAAGACGCCGACAAUACCCAACACCUCGCUCCACUUUUCUAUGAGAGUCAAAGAAACUAGAUUAGAAAAGUUGUUUCUUUCUUUUGCUAGUAGUAAGAAAAUGAACGGACAGGGUUUGUAGUUUUUUUCCAUUUUGGUCCUGUUUCUUUUCCCCCCUCCUCUGAGGUUAGUAGAAUGCUGUCCACUGAAGGCUUGACUGGAUAGUGUUUACAGGUUGUGUUACUUUACUUAGCCAGCAGAGUUGGAUGAUACCUCACCUUGGAGUGUCUGCAUGCGUGGGGUCACCCCCCCCCCCCCCUCCCUCCCUCCUGCUCAACGCUCCACGGGAAACUUUACCCCUGGGGAUGCCUCACUGCUUCCUUAUACAGUAUUAUCAGUGUCCUGCAGUGUGGGGGCACACACACACACGAAAACCAACAUGGGUGCCAAUUUGCCUUUGCUGA